AUGUCCAAGCUUGCCAUUGCCGCCGAGUUAGACGAGGAUAGAUAUGAUACCGCCCUUGCUGCAAAAUGCCUCGACUGCGAUACCGAACUCGAUAUUACACACGCAAAGCUUGCACCAGUGGUGAAUGGUGUCAUCAAGGCCAACACCUUCUCUCGCAAAGAAGAAGUGAAGGCCUGGGAGCAAGAACUCACGAGCUGCGAGCAUGUCUUGCUUAUGCAGCAGCAGGAAUCACGCCAAAUUGAACAGGGUGAGCUCGGUCACUGCUCAGGGUGCGACUUGCGGGAAAAUCUCUGGUUGUGCCUCGAGUGUGGCAAUCUGGGCUGCGGCCGCAAGCAGUUAGGGGGAGUGGGUGGAAAUUCUCAUGCGCUCGCUCAUUCUACAGACUCCGGCCAUGGCGUAGCCGUGAAACUGGGUUCUAUUACACCCGAAGGCACUGCUGACAUUUACUGCUACAAGUGUGACGAUGAACGCAUCGACGACAUGUUGGGCCAGCACCUGGCUCAUUGGGGAAUCAGACUGGCCGAAAGACAAAAGACGGAAAAGAGCUUGACGGAGAUGCAAAUCGAACAAAACCUCAAAUGGGACUUCGCUACGACCACAGAAGACGGAAAGAAGCUGGAGCCAUUGUUUGGGCCAGGCCUAACUGGUCUAAAGAACCUGGGCAACAGUUGCUAUUUGGCAAGCGUCACUCAAUGCCUUUUCGACAUGCCAGCAUUUCGCCAGCGUUAUUUUCGGCCAAAUGAUGAUUUGCCUAUUGUCGAAGACCCUGCGACUGACCUGGAAACCCAGCUGCGAAAGAUGGGAGACGGCCUGUGGUCUGGUCGCUAUUCUAAGCCUGAUGCCGACCCGUCCACAAAUUCACAGGCUCACCACCAAAAGGGACUGGCACCGGCCAUGCUUAAGCAUCUGAUUGGACGUGGUCAUGAGGAAUUUUCGACCAUGAGACAGCAAGAUGCAUUCGAACUUCUUCAGCAUCUGUUCAAGCUCAUUACUAGAUCGCAGCACCCCGGCCAUCUCAAGGAUCCAACCGCAGCAUUUAGAUUUGUCCUGGAACAAAGGCUGCAGUGUCUCAGAUGCGAAAAAGUGCGAUAUACUAGCAAUGAGCAGGACAGCAUCUUUAUCGACGUUCCCCUGCUGGAGCAAGUACGUGCAGCAGAAGAGCCUCAACAGCCCCCAGACCUGUACAGGCCAGUCACACUCAAACAGUGCCUCGACGACUUGGCGACAGCUGAAAAGGUCGAACUGACAUGCCCAAGCUGUGGAAGUAACGACGGUUUCAGCAAGCAAUCACUGUUCAAGACAUUUCCCGAGAUUUUGGUCGUGAAUGCCCGGAAGAUGACGGUGAUAAAUUGGGUUCCGGUCAAGGUUGAUGUACCCGUUGUGGUACCUGAUGAGCCCUUCUUGCUUGACGAAUACUUGUCAAAGGGCUUGCAGCCCGAUGAACAACAACUGCCAAAGGAGCCAGAAAGCAAGACUCCCGCAUUUGCUCCCGACGCCGCUGCAUUGGCGCAGCUGGAAGGCAUGGGAUUCCCACUCAAUCGCUGCGAGAAAGCCUUGCAUGCCACUGGGAAUUCGGACGCCAAUGCGGCCAUGGAGUGGCUCUUCAGGCACAUUGACGAUCCUGAUAUUGACGCUCCUCUCAACCUUGGCAUCCCAGGUGGAGAAACCGGCGGCGACACUGCCGAUCCCGAAAAGAUGGAGAUGCUCGGUGCCAUGGGCUUCGGCGCUCCACAGGCUAAGAAGGCACUGAAGGAGACUGGCGGUGAUGUUGAGCGGGCUGUCGAGUGGCUCUUUAGCCAUCCGGAUGAUCAAGGCAUUUUUGAAGGCGAGGGCGCCGGUUUUAGCGAGCGAGCUCAUUCCAACGAGUCGCCUGGACGUGCUACGGUUCCCGCGCAGUUCCAACUUCAAUCUAUUGUGUGCCACAAGGGAACGAGCAUACACGCUGGUCAUUAUGUCGCCUUUAUACGAAAACAGUUGGAGGGCACCCAGCCUCCUAGUUGGGUACUCUUCAAUGACGAGAAGGUCGUCAAGGCAACCGACUUUGAUGAGAUGCGCAAGUUUGCGUACGUUUAUUUUUUCAAGAGAGUUCCAAGGGAGGAUGUCUAA